GCACCUGGACGUCAUGCACUGCAAAGUGGUGAAUGGGAUUUAUUAAUCUGAAGCAUUUCUUCUGAUGAUGGUACAAGGAGUGGUUGGGAUUAUUUUUGCACAAAUGAUCUAAGAGAUAACAUUGGAUGGACAAUCUGACUACAGCCAAGACUGUCCGGAGUAGUGCAGGAAGUGGAGGAAGUAGCAAAGGUGAUCUUUCUCUGAGUGAAGCUGGGUCAGGUGGAAGAGCUGCAUCAGGAGGCUCCGGUGGCACAAGCAGCUCAGUUGUGAUCACAUCCAGCAGCUCUCACGCCACCAGCCCCGGUAGAUCCAGAGCGAACAAGGGCGCCAGAGGCGUCAGCAUCACUGGUGCAGGAGCAUCCUCAGCUGUAUGCUCAGGUGGAGGGGGUUCAGCAGCAUCUGGGGGCUCUGGUACAAGUGCAGGGUUUAGGGCCGCUGGAGGGGGGUCCUCCAGCAUGUCGUCCAGUUUUGCGAGUGGUGGCAGAGAGGGAAAAAGGGACGGGGGUCUAGGUGCUGUGACAGUUUCUACAGUGACCAAGACCAGCUACAGUUCAGGUGGAUCGGGGGAAACAAAGAGAGGAUCGUCCUCUGUGAUCACCUAUUCACCUCUACCAAAAGAGAGGAAGAGCAUGACCACCAUGGCAGCAGCUCUCUCAGAUGUCUUUGAUGAAAGUUCAAGCACAAGCUCUUCACCAGAGUACAACAGGAAGGAGUAUGGCACAUCAAGUGCAAUCUCAAGUUCUGCCAUCAGAGGGAGAACUCAGAGCAGAGAGAGUGAGAUCAGAGCCAGACUUCAGAGUGCUUCUCCUACAGCGAGUUGGACGGAGCUGGAUGACGUGAAGCGUCUGCUGAGAGGAAACUCCGACAGCACCAGCCCCACUCAACAGUCCCCCAACAACACGCUGCCCAUCCCCAAGAAGGCCAGUGUGGAAACCAGAAGCAUGUCUGAGAGCUCCACCGCAGACCACUAUGGCAGUGUCUGGUCUGGAGGUGUGAACAGUAGCUACGGUUACAAUACCAACCCCAUCAACCUGUCCACAACCUCCACCACCAGCCACCUUUACCAGUCAGGUCCGGGUGUUCAGAACAACCUGACACUCAGCUCUCCCUCUAUGAACAGCGGACUCUCUGUCAGCAGCACAGUUCCAGUGUAUGGUGUUCAGAAUAAUCUGGUCAGUACCAGCCCCACCGUCCUCUCUCCCACUGGAACCCACACACAAAUAGUUUAUGGUGUACAAAAAAAUUUAUCUGGCACUGGACUAAGCACAACCACAGUGAGACCCGGUAUCUCCAGUAAUGGCGAAGCUUCAGGCAAAGACUUUAAGUUUGUGCUGAUAGAGAAGGAGAAUAUGCCAGUGAAGAAGGAGACAGAGAGACUGAUCACCACCAAAGACACAGGGAAGCUCUUCAUGUCUGCUGCACCUGCUAGUACGUCAGUGACCUACUCUGAGGACUCACUGAAGAGAGAGAAACGGAAGCUAUCAACCAGCACAGUGGAGGAAGGAACAGAUGCUAAAUCUUCAACCCUGAAAGUUGCCACUAAAGACAAAGCCACGUAUGCAGAGAUCCAGAAAGAUGAGUCAGGCUUUAGCUUCUGGUCCUGCUGUAGCUGGUGGAAGUGGCUGCUGGGCCUCCUGCUCAGCCUGCUCCUCCUCCUUGGACUGCUCUUUGGACUCAUUGCUUUGGGUGAAGAACUGAAACACCUCAAGAAACGUGUGGAAGCUUUAGAAGCCAUCGCUGGCACCGCCUCAGCCAGGUCCAGUCGCUUGUCAGGCUCCUCUGGCAUCAACAUCAUCGACCCGCUGGAUUCGGCGUACAUCGACAGGAGUUCCUCUGGGUCCACCCUGACCCGUUCUGAUAACACCAUCAACUUGGGGGCUGCUGGGCCAGGAGGAGUCGCGGGGAGCGGACCAGGACUGGACAGCGUUGCCCUGCAGAGAACCAUUCAGCAGCUGAUCAGAGCUGAACUCCGCUCGGAUGCUGUAAGAGAAACGCUUACAUACUCUCUAAAAGGAGAGAGAGGAGAGCCAGGACCUAAAGGCGAUCCAGGGUCACUAGGACAAAAAGGUGACAGCGGCUUCCCUGGCCCGCCAGGUCCUCCUGGGCAGAUGGGUCACCCAGGAUUAGAUGGAUUAAGGGGACCAAAGGGAAGUGCAGGUGAACCAGGUACCGAGGGACCACCCGGUCAGAGGGGCCGGGAGGGACCGAUGGGUCCCCGUGGAGAGACUGGACCACAUGGUUUUGGAGAGAAAGGAGACAAAGGAUCUCAAGGUGAGCCAGGACGUCCCGGUCCUGCCGGUGCUACUGGACCUGUGGGGCUGAAAGGUGCCAUGGGAGAGCACGGUGCCUCAGGAAGCCCAGGUGCUCCUGGUGUAAAAGGUUUCCAUGGUGAAGCAGGAGCUCCAGGAGCAAAAGGUGACCGAGGAACCUCUGGACUGCCAGGAAUCAAAGGAGAACAGGGAGAGAGGGGACCACGUGGACCAACAGGUGAACAAGGACAACCUGGACCACAAGGCCCUGCUGGACCCAAGGGAUCUAAAGGAAUUUCAGGUGACACAGGUUCGAUGGGACUUCCUGGUGUGAGAGGACCACCUGGACUUCCUGGAGAUCUUGGUCCUCCAGGCAUCCCUGGGCUUCAAGGACCCCAAGGUGAACUCGGUCUGCCUGGUAAAGUCAUUGCUCCAAUUGGCUCUGACACUGUGGCCAUCCCUGGACCUCCAGGGCCCGCUGGGCGUCCAGGCCCUGCUGGCUCCCCUGGUUUGUCUGGCCCCAUUGGCCCUGCCGGUGUCCCAGGACAACCUGGUCCUAAGGGAGCACGAGGGGAGAUGGGAGAAAAAGGAGAAAGGGGAGGGAAGGGAGAGCAAGGAAAACCUGGUGAGCCUGGCAUCAGUGUCACAAGUUCAGAAACUGUCCGUGCCUCCAAAACUGAUAGAUUUUCAUCAGUAACAGGACUGCCUGGUCCACCAGGACCCCCAGGUCCUCCUGGAGCACCUGGUUCUCAGGGUCUUCCUGGUGUUGGUUCAACUGGACCCCGAGGAGAGAAAGGAGAACCUGGCAGCUUUGUGCCUACAUCAGAGACCUUCUUUGCUGGACCACCAGGACCUCCAGGACCCCCAGGCUCACGGGGUUCAGCAGGUGACCGAGGACCACAAGGGUACCAAGGUGAACCAGGCCAACCAGGUCUUCCAGGAAGUCCAGGGGAACCAGGUGUUGGUUUCCCAGGUCAGCCUGGACCAAGGGGGCCUCAGGGACCUAAAGGUGAUGCCGGAGUCCUCGGGGCCAGUGGUAGCUCAUUCACUACUGGCCCUCCAGGCCCACCUGGACCACCUGGAAGAGAUGGAAGUUUGGCUGGAUCACUAGAUUUGGGCCAGUACAUUGCAGAGUACCUUCAGAGUGGUGCCAUCAGUGGAUAUCUGGCUGGGCCUCCUGGGCCUCCAGGAGCCCCAGGGACUUCAGGAGACGGGCUGGUGGAUGAUGUGGCCAACAGAGUCAUUGCCUACCUCCAGACUUCAGGUAGAGGAUAUGAUGGGGUUCCUGGCCCUCCUGGUCCUCCGGGUCCACCUGGUUCCAUCUCUGUCAGUGACAUCAUCAACCUAUUACAGCGAGAGGAUGUGAGGAGAUACGUUGCUGUUCCUCCUGGUCCAGAAGGACCUCCUGGAGCUCUGAGCCUUGGCAAAUUUGAAACCCAGGAGGUUGCUGAACGGAUCCUCAGUUUCAUGAAUGAGAGGGGGAUGGUAGGUGUCCCUGGACCUCCUGGACCUCCCGGAUCUCCUGGCCUUCCUGGAAAUGUGUUAUCAACUGGGUAUCAAGCACUUGUGGGCCCUCACGGGCCUCCUGGUCCUCCAGGUGUCCCUGGUGCACAAGGAGCACCUGGACCAGCAGGACCACCUGGCCCACCGGGACUUGGAAACUACAUCAGCGCAGACAUCCGUGACUACCUGCAAAGUGUCGCCUUCAGAGGCCCUCCAGGCCCCCCUGGUCCCCCUGGACCUACAGGCCCUCCCGGUCCAAUCCGUGGAAUUGUUUCCUAUGCUGAGCAUGCCAACAGAGAGUUGCUCAAGGCAGAGCAAGAAUAUGUCAGGAGUGAGUUUAAUCCAGGUGAUGGUGUGAGAGGAGCUAUGUUUGGACUUCCUGGUCUGCCAGCCCCUGGACCCCCAGGACACAAGGGAGAACCAGGUGUGCCUGGCGCCAGAGACUGGAACGUGGAUACUAGUGACUACUCCAGCAUGGCUGUCAAAGUAACUGAUUACAUCAAAUCCCAUGGUCUGCUCCGGGAUGUUUUGAGAGACAGUGAACGUGUUGUUCAAGGACCCCCAGGACCUCCUGGACUUCCAGGAAUGCCUGGACAAAGCCAGUGGAUUAGUACUCGUGAAAACGUCGUGGAUGUGGUGGACUAUCUCAAAUCUCGUGGUGUGCUGCAUGACAUUGUGAGAGAGUACAACAGUCGCGUCUUCCAGGGACCUCCAGGACCGCCCGGCCCCCCAGGUCCCUCAGGAUACAGUCGAUGGUUUGGUUCACAUGGAAAUGCCACAGAACAGCUGGAAUAUGUCAGAUUGCAAGGUCUGCUUCGUGACAUCGAGCGGACUCGCAAUGAACGCGUCACCCAAGGACCACCCGGACCACCUGGCCCUCCAGGUCCACCGGGAUACAGCCGGUUGUUUGGUUCCCAAACAAAUGUUACUGAUUUGGUGGAAUACAUCAAAACACAUGGAACCAUUGUCGGACCACCUGGGAGACCAGGACAGAAAGGGGACAUGGGAUUCCCUGGUCUAAAAGGAGAGAAAGGUGAACGAGGCCUUCCUGGGCCUGAGGGACGCCGAGGACAAAAGGGUGACAGAGGAGAAUUCACAGUAAUGACUAAAAGAAGGAAGAGGAAUGUUGGUGUCUGAGAACCAGGUCACUGAACUCAAAGAGUUGUGUUGCUGAUGCACACGCUGGAUGCUGUUCACCAAUUUACCCGUUUUACUAAAGGGAUAUGAUUGUACUUUUAUACUGAUAAACAUUUACUGUGCAGAGUUGUAUUUGUGAAAUCAGGGAUUAUGUAUUGAAUUAGCUUGUCUGACACAUGAGGGACCAGUAUGGUGACAUAUUUUAUUGUGUACUUUUUCUUACCUUUUCAUCACAUUGGGCCUUUUCUAGCCAGACCAUGCUAUGUAACAAAUAUAUAUAUGUAUAUGUAUGGGGUCCAUAUGUCUGAGACCACUUUCCCAUUGAAUAAAGAUUUUUUUAAUAGCUUUUCAUCAUCACCAAGAUAACUGGUCGGGAUCAAAUCAAGGACUAAACACAACUGUAGCAGAGAGGAAACAGUUUAUUUACAGCAAAAUGAAAAUCUACAGUACACAGGAAUUCUAAAAACUAUAAAUCUAUUUUAAAAAAUUGCCUAAUUUUCAUUUGAUUUUGAUAUGGAUCAUGGUUUUGUUUUUUCAGACAUUCAGAAUUUAAUCAGUUUAGACUUUCUAUCUGCCAAACGGAACAAGAAUUGACAGGACUGAUUUGCCUAUUUUUGUACGCUGCAAACUUCCAGUGGGUAAGUAGAGAAGGUUAGCUAUAGCACAGGCGCUGCAGUGUGGUUUUUCAUAUAAAUAGCUAUUGAGAAUGUUUUGCAAAUGGUGCACAGCACUCCUUCAGUAUUUUUGUACAUAACAGCUGUUAUUAAAUACAUUUGAUAACUUUAAAGCCAAUCAUAAAGAGAAUGAGAUGAUAAAAUGAACCAAUCAGAGGUCAAGAUGGCCUAAACCAGUCAGGUCCAUUUUUGCAUCGACUGCUUUAACAUCAUUCACAAUCCUUAAGCCUAAAUAAAAAAAAAAACUUUGCUCAAAGCUCAUGUUCUGUUUUCGUUUGUUUGAAUACAGUUGAAUGAAAUCAUUCUGAAAUCGUUAAAAUGCUUCAUGAAACCAAGAGUUUGACCAAAAUCUUUAAAGGUGGUCACGACAGGUAUACAGUACAUCCAUUUUUUAAGUAUUAAGGCUAUUAGCUAGCAUAUCAAUGAAAAAGGUAAUAUCAUUCAAUAAAAAGAAGAAACAAAAGCCAUGCAGGCCUACCCAUAAUACACCUGGUAGCAAACCAAGCAGAAAACCAGAGCAAAUACAAAGGACACCUCAUCAACUAUAACUGCAAGUUAGAUUAUUUUUUUUCUGCUUCGCUGAACUGAAAGUUGUUCAUAGUGAGAAUUUGCUGAGUCAGUUUCAUGGCACAUGGCCUUGGAAACUCUUAAAAAUGCUAUAAAUUUUACAGAACUGAUGGACAUCAAUGAAAAUCUUUAUUCAUCCCUGAAGAACUUGCUCCUAUAGAUACACAACUUUUGCUGGACAACAAUAAAAGUGGUGUCACCUAAAAAAAAAAGAAAAAGAAAAAAAGACCAACAAACAGUUACAUUAAUGGUUUUUCAACCGCCACCACUGUGAUUUCCUUAGUGUCCAAUUAACAGUGAUUCUUUGUCUCUGUAUGUAAACACCAUCUCCACACUUCCUCUAUCAUAUGCAGCAAAGUAACUUAUGGUUUACACCAUGUACUGUGUGUUGCUAAACAGUAGUCCCAAGUCUUAAGUGCUUGAAACAGGAAGGCAUUCUGAAGAAAAACCCUGAAAGAAGGAAUCAUUUCUGCUGGAAAACAUUCCCACACCUUGCAUUGAAAUAAUGCAUAAGACCGGUUAUUUUAACCCCUAAUGUAUCACAAAGACGACGUGUAAAGACGAACGACUGCCUGGAUGUCUUUACCUCUCUAACACACACACACAUGAAUGACCUAAUAAAAAUAUACUGUAUCAUCAUUCCUUCGUUAAGAGUGAUGUGUGCUCCUUCGUUGUCAGAAAUACAUUCUUUUUGAUGAUCAAUUAUAAAUGAUAAGGUUGCUAUUCAAUAUUUAACCAAAUUAAGUGGUAUAAAAAUCCUUUCCUUAGUGCAAACGUCUAAAUUAGAGCUAAAUUGAGCAGCAAAUAAUAAUCAUACAUUGCUUGAUUUUAAAAGCCAAAAACAUCUGACUCUACAGGCACUGGAGUCUUCAUAAAAAAAAAAAAAAAACACAA